AUGGUUUCCAAGAAAGAUAUGCGCAGAAGCGACCUCAUCGUCCCUUACGCCGAACCAGCCAACGCAAAGAGCGAUGGCGAUGUCACUGCCGUCAUGGGUAGCACACUCCCAAUGGCAGCUAUCUUCACCAGAAACAAGAUGAUUGGAUGGGUCGCUGUCAUCUUCGCCGUCCAGAACUGGCUCUCAGAAACCCCCGAGUCGCAGAAAGCCGCUUCGACUCCUGGUUACAUGACCGUGGGCAUGGCCCUCAUGUCCACCGCUGUUGCAUACCUUCCCCUCUUCAUGCCUCCCGUCGCAGCACCUGGCAUGGGAAGUGGUACCGAAGCACCCGCCGCCGCUGCUGCUUACACUCCUUGA